UGCUAUACAGUGGGAAAACCAGCCUGGCAACAUAAGCUCACAAGCUAUCAGAAAGUUGUAUGGCAACCACCUCCGGCGCCAAAUAGAACUGGCAGACAUAGACAUUCAGUACAAGAAGAAAAAGAUGGAAAAUCUUGCACUGGAGUCCGAAAUAAAAAAGAGGACAAUUAGGAAACUGGACCUUGAAAUAAAAAAACUUGAGAGGGAGCUCCAAGAAGAUGACACAGCUCAAAAUAAAAAUUAGCAAUCAGUACAACCAAGUCAUCGUUAUAAGGCAUCGCCCUCUUUUGCCCACCCCCAGCACCAGGUGUGGCCACUAGCCUAUAUGAAGGCCCAAAAUUGUGUGUUCCUUUCUGCUCUGACAAUGGCAUGCCCAUUCGUGCGAGAUGUGGUGGAUGAAGAAGCACUUGUGCUGAGGAGAGCCUUCAGGCGAGAAAGGGUCUUCAGGGACCGGUUGGACCCACUGGCCUUCCCUGAUGACCAUCUAUAUGAAAGAUACAGGUUUUCUGCAGAUGGCAUCAGGUAUCUAUGCAGACUACUGGGUCCCAGGAUUAAGCACCGCACUGCACGGAGCCAUGCACUGAGUGUGGAGCAAAUGGUUUGUGUGGCCUUGCGCUUUUUUGCUAGUGGAGCCUUCCUGUACCCAGUGGGGGAUGCAGAACAGCUGAACAAGGCCACAAUUUGCCGCACAAUAAGGAGUGUGUGUCUGGCUAUCAAAGCAUUAGCAGAUGUCUUCAUCUCCUUCCCUGGCCACAGAAGACUCUGUGACAUCAAAGAGGAGUUCUAUAGGAUUGCAGGUUUCCCCAAUGUCAUUGGUGCAGUGGACUGCACACACAUAAGGAUAAAAGCCCCCUCAGGUGCCCAUGAGGCCGAUUUUGUGAAUAGGAAAUCCUUUCACAGCAUUAAUGUUCAGAUGGUCUGCAAUGCUGACUGUGUGAUCAGCAAUGUUGUGGCAAAAUGGCCUGGCUCAGUCCAUGACUCCAGAAUCUUUCGGGCCUCUGAAAUCUAUCACAAGGUGAAUUCUCUGGUGUGUUGCUGGGAGACAGGGGGUAUGGCUGCCAGCCUUUUCUCCUGACACCUUUCACAGACCCCCAGGAAGCACAGCAGGCCUACAACCAUGCCCAUGCCAGGACCAGGGCCAGAGUUGAAAUGACCUUUGGCCUCCUGAAGGCACGCUUUCACUGCCUUCACAAUUUAAGGGUCAGCCCUGUUAGGGCAUGUGAUAUUACUGUGGCUUGUGCUGUCCUCCACAAUGUGGCCUGCCUGAGGAAGGAGAGUGCCCCCAGAGUGCCACCAGCCAUGGACUGGGACAAUCCGGCAAUCUUCCCUGAUGACGACAGUGGUCGGCUGCUGAGGGACCAAUAUGUGUUGAAUUAUUUUAGUUAGUAUGUGUGCUUUCAAUUUUGGUUAAAUAUGUCCUGCGGUGGCAGAGGAAUUUGGGUUUUUUGGGUUCGUUUUUUGACGAAUUUGGCCUCUUAUGAUGUUUGUGCGGUAUACUGUGUGUAAUACAAGGCUGCAGGGAGGCUACUGCAUCCAUUCAUUUGUCUGUUCAGUUGAUGUGUAUGGAUUUGUCCUGCAUUUAUUUUAGUGUGCAGACAUGCAGGGUGUGUUAUAUACAGACCUUUGAAUGUGUAUGUAUCAUUUUGUAUAAUAUGCUUGGAUUCUGUGCUUUCCAUCUUGUAGAGUCACUGUGACUUCAGUUUCGAAAGGAGCUGAUGGUUUACCUGCUUUGUUUUGUCCUUAUUCAAUAAAGGAACAUAAUGUUACACAUUGUGUUUUUAUAUUCA